AUGGAACCCAACGCCGACUCCUUCUGGUUUCAGCCCCGCCGCCGCCGCCCCCUCCUUAAUCCGGUGGCUCUCAUCUUAACCAUUCCAAUUAUAGCCCUACUCAUUCUCUUUUUUGUGAUACCUCCAUUCAUCUCACACACCAAUCAAAUCCUGAGGCCUAAUUCGGUUAAAAAGAGCUGGGAUUCGCUCAACAUCUUGCUUGUUCUGUUCGCCGUCCUCUGCGGAAUCUUCGCCCGACGCAACGAUGACGAUCGCCGAAUUGCGCCAGCGGCUAGUGUUUCCGAUCAUAGGCCUAGCCAGUCUGUUCCGGCGUGGAUCGAUUUUCCAGAUCGGAGAGAGUACAACAGUAUCGGUAAUGCCAACUUCGGCGGCGGUAGGUUGCGGCGGAGCAGCAGCUCUUAUCCUGAUCUGCGGCAGGAGUCGGUUUGGGAGAUUGAAGGUGCUAACAGGAACAGGUUCAUGGAUGAUUUUGAAUUUAAUUUCUACAGCUCUCCUCCACCUCCUCGUGUAGAAAACUAUGAGCUCCGGCAGAAGAGACACGAGGUUGAGGCUGAGGCGGUUAGGGAAAUUCACGUGGAUAAAUUUGAGGUUGCAGCACCUCCUGAACACGUGACUCCUCCGCCUCCGCCCCCGCCCACUUUGAAGCGGAGGAGAUCUCUCCAUAGUGUGCCACGUGUGAAAAUCGUCGACACGCGCAAAUAUGAAGUGGAAGAUAGGAGCCAGCAGGGACGGCCGGAAGCUGAGUAUCCUCCGGAACCGGAAGUAAGCGUGCAGAUCAGCCGGAAAAAGAGCGGUACGAAGGAAUUGGCGACGGCGAUAGCUUCGUUGUACAGAGGUCAGAGGAAGAGAAAGAAGAGAACCAAAAGUAGAUAUAUACACGAGAUUGCCGCUGAGAAUUCCUCUCCACAAUCUGCUCCUCCACCUCCACCUCCACCUCCACCUCCGCCGCCACCUCCAUCAAAAGUGUUGCAAAAUCUGUUCAAAAAGAGCGGAAAAAGCAAGCGAGUGCAUUCAAUUGCGACGCCUCCACCGCCUCCGCCGCCUCCGCCGAACUCGAUUUUCAACAAUAUAUUCAAAAGCAGGCGGUACACACACCCAUCCGCCGCUCCAGCACCGCCCCCUCCGCCCCCGCCGCCGCCUGCGUCAAUUCUCAACACAUUAUUCAAAAGCGGAAGCUUCAGCCGGCGCCACAAAAAUGUAAAAGCCACCCUGCCGCCGGCACCUCCACCGCCGCGGCCCAGCAGUAGAAAGCCUCCGAAGCCCAGGAUAUCAGCAGCGGAACAUCAGUACGAGAGCGCGACGAUGGCUCCAGCAUCGCCGCUGAUCCCAGUGGCGCCGCCGCCGCCGCCGCCGUUCAGAAUGGCGGAAAUGAGAUUCGUGGUGCGAGGCGACUUCGCGAGAAUCCGAAGCACACAUAGCUCCGAGUGCAGCUCGCCGGAGCGAGAUGACGUGUCAGUUAAAUCGGAGGGUGGAGAUUCUCCGGUGGUGGGAUGGCCCAGCCCGGAUGUGAAUGCCAAGGCGGAUUCCUUCAUUGCUCGGCUACGAGAUGAGUGGAGGCUCGAGAAGAUUAAUUCAGUCCGCAACUCCUGA